AUGAAGUUGAUUGCACUGACUUUGGUAUUGGCUUUUGCAGCCGUCUCAUACGCUGAGGCGAACUUGUCAGAAGACCUAGGAGUUUAUGGUUAUCACUACAAGGUUGGAAUCCCAACAGCGAAUAAAAUCAGGAAAUUGGAGGAACAGGGUAUUAGUGGUGGAUUUGACCGAAUCGUCGGUGGAGCUAUCACUGAUAUUUCCCAAGUGCCAUAUCAGGUGGGUCUUGUGAUAAAUCUCCUGGUAAUCCUCACAUCAGUAUGUGGUGGUACUGUCCUCUCUAACACACGUGUGCUGACAGCCGCCCACUGUUACUACGAUGGUGUUGUUUCCUCUACCACUAUUACAACUGUCUUUGGAUCCAACCUACUGUUCUCUGGAGGUGUUCGCAUUGAUACUACUGAUGUCGCUGUUCACCCCAACUGGAACCCACUCACGAUUUCCAACGAUAUCGCCGUCAUUCGAGUUACUCCAGUCACAUUUUCAAAUGUAAUUCAACCCAUUGCUUUACCUGCCGGAGCUGAACUUAACAAUAACUUUGUUGGGGUGAAUGCACUUGCUUCUGGUUACGGUUUGACCUCCGAUGGUGGAUCAAUCAGUCUUGGCCAGAGAUUGAGCUCUGUAACUCUUCCUGUUAUAACCAAUGGUGAAUGUCUGUCUGUAUAUGGCAAUGUCAUCAUUGACUCAACACUUUGCACUAGUGGUAAUGGUGGACGUGGUACUUGCAGUGGAGACUCUGGUGGUCCACUAGUCACCUCGAGCAGUGGCAGAAAUAUUUUGAUCGGAGUGGUGUCUUUCGGUGCCCGUGCCGGUUGUGAAGCUGGUUUGCCCGCCGGAUACGCGAGAGUUACGUCCUAUGUCCCCUGGAUUCUCAAUCAAUAA